UUGAAUUUCCUUCAACGGACAAGCAUAGGCGCGGCGGCGGCGGGGGGAGGGUGGGUCGCGAACGCUGCUUAAGCGCGCUAGAGAAUUAAAACCCGUGGGGUUUUCUCGGAUCCGUCGGCUCUUUUGGGUCGGCUCCAUCGCACGGUAGAGGAGCCCACGUUGGUUGUGGCUCGCCAUGGCGGUGGGGUCAUGGCAGGCGCUCGGACAGCUGUCGCCGCCGCUGUUGUUGCUGGCGGUGGCGGCGCUGUUGUCGCCAGCCCAAGCGAUUCCACAGGCGCCCGAGUCGGACCUCACUUUCUCCCUGGCGCCCGGGCACCGAGAAUGCUUCUACCAGCCCGUGAAGCCCGGGACCGUGGUGGAGAUUGAGUACCAGGUGAUCGAUGGCGGGGAGCUUGACGUGGACUUCACGGUCACGGCGCCCUCUGGGACCGUUCUGUUGGCCGAACACCGCCAGGGAGAUGGGGUGCACAGCGUAGACGUCAAGGAGGAGGGGGACUAUGAGAUUUGCUUCGACAACAGCUUCAGCCACAUCUCGGAGAAGCUGAUCUUCUUCGAGAUCCUGCUCGACCACAUGCAACCCGAGGAGGAGCGGCCCGAGUGGAUGGACGCCAUCUCAGCCGACCACCUCAUCGGCAUGAAGCUGGAGGACCUGCAGGAGUCUCUGAACAGCGUGAAGGCCCGACUCUCGCGGAGCCACCAGAUCCAGACGGUGCUGCGUGCGUUCGAGGCGCGCGACCGCAAUCUGCAGGAGAGCAACCUGGCGCGCGUGAACCUGUGGUCGGCGGCCAGCGUGCUGGCGCUCAUGGGAGUCUCGGCACUGCAGGUCUACCUCGUGCGCAGCCUCUUCGAAGACAAGCGGCGGGUGCACACGUAGCGCGGCGCCAGCGGGUGCCCCGCGCAGGUUUUGCCUGUUCGCGGCGGUCGCGUCCUGCGCUAGAACCGCGCUCGAACGCUCCCGUAACGGCAUCCGACGUUCGCUUUUAUAUAGGUCUAUUUAAUAGGAUGAUUGUUAUUGUUCAACGAGCGAGGUCUGUGAAAGGUAAGGGAAUCAACUUUUACUUUGGUGCAGAUUGAUUAAAAUGACCACCGUUUGAUUAUCAAGGUUAAUUUUUGGAGGGGUGCCCAGGAUGAAACUAAAAAACGAAUGCAAAAAAAAUAGGUUAGGGAGGCUAUGCAAAUGAUUUGUCUUACUACGUAGGAUGGGGGUGAAGAUAUAGAACAUGUUGCCCGUUUACUUACCAACCUGUUUGUGGGCACCGGGUCGCUGACCUUCGACGAGUGAGGGAGCGACUCGUAAUUAAUCGAACUGGCGUGUGUAAAGAUAUCUAAUGUAUGGGUUUUUUUGCAAGCACUGUUGACCCGCAAACCCGGAUAUUCCACCCACAGAUAAUUGAGAGUUAACUGUACGUGACAGUGUUAUGGGUGCUGGCGUUUGGUAGUGAUCGCAAGAGCUCGCAGCCUACACACAGUAGUACAGUUGAAAGAGCACCAUUAUCUCUCUCGCUCUGUUGAGUGGUCGGCAAGGGUGCCGUUUGACUUCGCCUGGGACCUUAAUGCUUGGAGUUUCCAAUCCCUGCGGUUGUUGUUCAUGCAGGUACACACUUCUUAAUAAGACUGCCAUUAAAGGAAAAUAUAUAUGGUUUAGGGAAGACGUGUUUGGGCAAUGGCCCUUCUUUUUAAGGCCUUUCAACAGUCGGCUAUUAUAUUAAAUGUUUACUUUAAGCACUGGGUCAUUGACGAAUUUGAUUAGUUUUUGUUAUUUGGGCUUGCUUACCACUGCCAGCGCACAUGAAAAAUGGAGGAUGUUCGUAAAGCUGUAGCGGAUGAUUUUUAGGUGUUGAUUGACUUCGCGAACACCCAUUAUAAUUAGCUUCACCUUGGUCAUUUGCCUGUUUUGCUGAACAAUCUGUGCAGUCACUUUGCUUGGCUCCCUUAUUAUUUGCAACACUUUCGUCAUGCGGCUUAUAAUGUGUUGCCAAACAUGAGUCUAAAUGUGUGAGAAUUAAGGGGAGUGUGGAAUUUUCUAACAGGUUAAAUCAAAUCGAGAGCUGAUGGGGUUAUUCGUAAUUUUGGUACCUUUUUUUCUUUCUGGUCUCUAAAAAAACGGUAGGAAGCCUUUCAAUGUCACACUGAUAAUGUCUCGUUUCAAUUCCAACACAUAGAAUUCAGACUUUUCUUAUGAGAAUAUCCACUAAAAGCCCAUUGAGAUUAAUGCAUUUUAUUCGCAAUGGAGAUUCUACAUAAACCAUAGUUGUGUCGGGGAAGUUAUUUAUUGGUAAAUUGUGGGUACAAUUGAAAGAGAUUUGAGUAAACAAGACAAAACACGAGAGCUCACGUCUGAUAGUGACGGUGACACGGGGUCAUUCGACACAGGGUCAUUCGACACGGUCAUUCGACACAGGGUCAUUCGACACAGGGUCAUACAGCAAGACCCCGUAUUUUUUUUGUCAUUCCAUGUAAGAGCUACGUGACUGCGAAAUGAUUCCAGAAAUACACCAGUGUCGACUGACCAUUUUGCAAGAACGUGUAAAUACUACGACGCUUGUAAUUGGUGACGGCACGUCAUUACACGUGCUUGAUGCAGGAGUAGGAUUGUGUGCUACUUGUUUUUACACGUCUGUUGUGGUUUUGCAGGGUUAAAUGGUAUAUUUAUGAAGGACUGCUUCUAGAUAAGUUGGGAUUUGCUACUGUUUUGCUGAACAAUAGUUGUAAAUUGUUCACACCAGAAGGUGUUUUUUUGCUUAAACAGAUGCACAAAAAGCCAGGUAGCUGUGUUUGUAUUGUAAGUUGUGCAGCGGACUAUGCUUCAUGUAGCUAUGCCAUUAGGUGGACAGUAUUUACAGGGAGUGGCCAACCGGUAGCGCGUUUGCCCUGAUUAAUACUGCGGGUAUAUUAACCGUAAAAUACGUGUCUUCUUUCACAGUAAACGUUAAAAUAUCCCGUUACGUCAUUUGAAAGAGUAGGCCAAUGUUUGCCGGCGUCAUAGUCCAGAAUUCACAAAUAUGAAAAAUAACCCACAAAUUACUAAAUUGGAAUCUACAUAGCAAUCAUCACCCCCUACUCUGAAAUUUGUCAGGAACCUCCUGGAAAAAGGAGUCAUGAGUGAGGCUCAGUGAGGCUUUCUGGGUAAAAACAAGCAUAAUAACAUUAACAGCCCUUUUACCGUUGCACUGCUGGAUGAAGAUGACCUUUUCACACCAUGUCUAGCACAGAGGUAAUUUGACCAUUCUUCACCAAUCUGGUCAGUGCGGAUUGGUGAAGGGGUUUGCUCAGGAGCAGUUCGGAUAUCGGCCGCCGCUGAUUUUAGCCUUGGUUGGGAAACAGGCUCGGGCCACUGAGUUCACAGAGCAGCGAGCAACUUGCCACUCCGCCGUCAAUUUAUAUAUUUGCUUUGAAACGUAACGCCUUUCUGGGACUAAUCUGUCACUCAAAUUUUAUUAAGAAAUUUAUAAGGUUCACAUGUUCCAUUGAUGAAGCACAAAUGGUCUACCAAUGCAAUGAUGCUUGGCCUAUUUUGGUGAAUGGGGAACAUUUUGUCAUUUGCAUGCUCAAGGUGUAUGUUUAAAUUACAUGUUUAGAAACGUAUUAAAUUCACAAUCUGGAGUUGAUGUACUGCACAGCCAUUGUGGAAACCUACAUUUGCUAAGUAUGUCCGUUGAACUUCUUUCGUAUCGUGCAAAGCCAACCGUGCUCAUCGGCGGUGCGUUUUGUCUGUCACUGAUUUGCAGUACCGCACAUAGCCAAUAAACAAAAUUCGUCACGUAAAAAUCGGUUUGCCUUGAAUAAGAGAUAAAUUAUACUUGCCUCAAAAUGUGAAGUUGAUAGUUAAGUAAUUAAGCUAAGCCAUUGAAUUAAUUUAACCAAUCUUUUAUAGAUCUAUCUUAUUUGCGAAAACAUAGUGUGCUGUUUUAAUUUUAUACAAGUACGGAACUAUUGAAUAUCAUGUUGUGAGGUCAGUUUAAGGUUUUGUUAACCUAGGGUUAAAUUACUGGACAAAACGUUGCACUCUUUUGAAAGAGGUGUUUGCCUUCCAAGUCUUUAAUUGCAAAACCUGUUUUGUAUGCACGUUACGGAACUGUUACAUUAAUGUGGAUUCCGUGGACAAAAUGACAUUUGAAAGUGUUGCCUAAUAAAAUAAAAAAAUGGGCUUGCA